AUGUCAGUUAAGAAAGACUACGCAUCUCUCUCAGUUGCCGCGCACAAGGAAUGGCGCGGCAAGAUUGAAACAGUUGUUCGCUGCAAAGUUGAAGAUCGCGAAGAUUUGUCACUUGCAUACACACCAGGUGUUGCACAGCCAUGCAUUGAGAUCCAGAAGAAUCCAGAUCUCUCAUACGAGUUCACACGCCGCUGGAACACAGUUGCUGUUGUUACAGAUGGCACAGCUGUUCUUGGAUUAGGUGAUAUUGGUCCAGAAGCAGGCACGCCAGUUAUGGAAGGCAAAGCAUUACUCUUCAAACGCUUCGGUGAUGUAGAUGCAAUCCCGCUUUGCGUUCGUUCUAAGAGUGUUGACGAUAUUGUCAAAGUUGUUUCACUACUUGCAGGUUCAUUUGGUGGUGUCAACCUUGAAGAUAUUUCUGCUCCUCGCUGCUUCGAAAUCGAGAAGAAACUCCAAGAGAUCUGCGACAUUCCAAUCUUCCACGAUGACCAGCAUGGCACAGCCAUUGUUACACUCGCUGCUCUUCUCAACGCACUCAAGAUUGUUGGAAAGAAGAUCGAAGAGAUCAAAGUUGUCACAAGUGGUGCUGGUGCUGCAGGUAUCGCUAUCAUCAAGCUCCUCAUCGCUGUCGGUGUCAAUCCAAAGAACGUCAUCCUCACUGACAGACAAGGUGCCAUUUACAAAGGCCGCUCUGGCUUGAACGACAUCAAAGUUGAGAUGGCAGAGAUCACAAACUCAGAACUUAAACAAGGUACACUUGCAGAAGUCAUCAAGGGUGCUGACGUCUUCAUUGGUGUUUCUGCACCAAAGACACUCACAGAGGACAUGGUCAAAUCGAUGGCUGACAAAGCAAUUGUAUUCCCAAUGGCAAAUCCAACACCAGAAAUCAUGCCAGACCUCGCAAAGGCUGCUGGUGCUGCUGUUGUUGGCACAGGUCGUUCAGACUUCCCUAACCAGAUAAACAACGUUCUCGCUUUCCCAGCUCUCUUCCGCGGUGCACUCGAUGUCCGCGCAUCACGCAUCACAAACGAAAUGAACAUCGCCGCAGCACGCGCAAUCGCUUCACUCGUCUCAGACGAAGAACUCAACCCAGAUUACAUACUUCCUAACCCAUUCGACAAGAGAAUCAAAGAAACUGUCUCAAAGGCUGUUGCUCAAGCUGCCAUCAAGUGUGGUGUUGCUCGCAUUAACCAAUGA